GCUCCAGCCUCCCGCGGCCGCGCUUCGGGCGAGGGGGCUGCGCUCGACGCGCUGCUCAGGCGGGGCCUGUCGCGACCGGGCGAGGCCUGCGCGAGGAGCGGCGCGGGUCCCGCCGACGCCUUCGCGGGGGCCCACCCGCGGCCUGGCGGCCCGCGGCAAUGACGGAGGCCGCCGCCGAAUUCGGGGCGCGCCCAGGCUCCAGCUCCGGCGCGGGCCCCGCGUCGGGCGGCGAGGAGGAGCGCCUCCAGGAGCUCCGCCGCCGCCUGCGGGAGUCGCGCGACGCCCAGCGGAGGGCCGAGGAGCGCGCGGCGGCGGAGCGGCUGGAGCUCGCGGAGAGCUGGAAGGAGCGCCAGCGGCGGGAGCGCUCCGCGCGCCAGGAGGAGCACCGCCACCGGCUGGCCGCCCUGCAGAGGCGUGCGACCCGGCGCGAGGCGGCGAAGCCACGGGCGGUGCCGGAGCUGCUGGACGAGGCGGCCGAGCUCGCAGAGGCCGAGGCCGCCGCCGGCGCCCACGACGCCGGCGCGGGGCGCCGCCCGACGACCGCGGCCACGGACUGCUCCGAGGCCUCCUGGGUCGACCCGUUGGACGGCCGUGCGAGUCGCCUGCACCCCGGCGACGGCGCAGGCCCGGCCGCCGCUCCGGGGCCGCCCGGCGGGGCGCCCGGCGGCCCGCGGACUGCGCGGCAGCCUGCGGCCGAGCCCCGCCAGGAGGCGGUCGUCGCGCCCGCCGCCGCCCGCAGCGCGCCGAGGACGGCGAGGGCGGCGGCCGCGGAGGCCCGGAAGCGCCAGGCCGCCGCCGGAGCAGGCGUCAUGACCUUCCGCAGCACCGGCUUCGUCGACAGCAUCAUCGCCUCCGUGGAGGCCGGCGGCCGGCCCUGGCGCCCGCCCCUCUCGCAGGGCGGGGACGCCGCCCCGCCGCAGUCGGCGAGGGCGUCGGCGGCGCCGGCGGCAGCGGCCAGCGGCGCCGCGGGCGAGGAGACGUGCUGCUCCACGGCUCCGGGCACGCCAGCUCGACUGCACCUCGUCGCGCGCCGGCGCAGGCUGAGGGCGAUGCACUCCGUCGCGGCGCAGGUGCUGGCUGGGCGGGCCUGCGUGGAGGGGCCGACCCCGAGACCUCCCCGUAGAGGCGGCUCCUACGGCCAGCCACUGGAGGAAACCCAUCCCCGGCCGCCCGUCGCGGACGCUGCGCAUUUUUUUGGGCGCGCGGCCGAGCCACCUCCGAGAACGGGUGGGGGGGGGCCUUUCCACGACGGUCGGCAGGCUGCAGUUGUGGAGGGACCGUCGAUUGUCUGGGGAGCCUCGUCCCCCUGCAGCGAGCGCCCGGGUGCUGUCCCGGGCCCCUUGGUUUUAUACUCCUUGGCACCCGCUGCAGGCCGCGACUGAACAGCAGUUGAACCUGCCUCGGCGGCUGGCGCAGAAGCGGCGCCAGAGAAAAAAGAGAAGAA